UUCCAUUUCCUUCCAUUUCAAGAUUUCAAGAUAUCUCUCUCUCUCUCUCUCUCUGAUCCAACAGCUCGCCAUCUUGAAACCUGUCUUGCAGCAAGUUUGAAUCUUUCAUCUUCGGGUCAUCAGUAAUGGCACCAACACCAUCUUCGAAAUCAAAAAACCAAUCCCUUAAAACCCCACAGUCAGCAAAGCACCGACUCCAUUUCAACUUGUCAAGGACUCCUAACCCGUCUCCGAACCCAAACAACCCCGCGACCGGAGAUGCCCCGAGUGGAGACCACCCUGUAGAAGUGAUUGGACGAAUCAGGGAUCACCCUGACCAGAAGGAGAAACCCGCCUCGAUCCUGCAGGUCAACCCUGACAAACAGACUCUGCGUGUCCGCGCUGAUUUUGGGUACCGGGAUUUCACCCUCGAUGGUGUCUCUAUAUCAGAGGAAGAGGACCUUGACGCGUUCUACAAGAAGUUCGUGGAGUCGCGGAUAAAUGGGGUGAAACUGGGGGCUAAGUGUACCAUAAUGAUGUAUGGGCCGACAGGGUCGGGAAAGAGCCACACGAUGUUCGGGUGCCUGAAGCAGCCUGGGAUAGUUUACAGAUCGUUGAAGGGCAUCUUAGGAGAUGGGGAAGAGGAAGAUGGUGGCCAUAAUAAAGAGAAAGAAGGGGUAGGGAUUGGCAUGUUUGUACAAGUUACUGUCUUGGAGAUUUACAACGAGGAGAUUUACGAUCUCUUGUCGAGCAAUGGCGCUGGAGGAGGAUUGGGGUUCGGGUGGCCCAAGGGCAGUGCCUCCAAGGUGAGACUCGAAGUCAUGGGGAAGAAGGCCAAAAAUGCUACAUCUAUUUGUGGUACUGACGCCGGGAAGAUCUUGAAAGAGAUACAAAAAGUGGAGAAGAGAAGGAUUGUUAAGAGCACCCUUUGCAAUGACAGAAGCUCGAGAAGCCACUGCAUGAUAAUAUUAGACGUGCCAACCGUGGGAGGUAGGCUGAUGCUUGUUGACAUGGCUGGUUCUGAGAACAUUGAGCAGGCAGGACAAGUUGGAUUUGAGGCAAAAAUGCAGACAGCAAAGAUCAACCUAGGAAAUAUAGCAUUGAAGAGAGUGGUUGAAUCAAUUGCUAAUGGCGACUCGCAUGUGCCCUUCAGAGACAGCAAGUUGACAAUGCUAUUGCAGGAUUCUUUCGAGGAUGAUAAGUCGAAGAUCCUGAUGAUACUUUGUGCUAGCCCUGACCCAAAGGAGAUACACAAGACAAUCUCCACCCUAGAAUAUGGGGCGAAAGCAAAGUGCAUUGUUCGGGGGCCACACACACCAGUCAAAGACAAGUUUGGGGGCGAGGACUCAUCUUCAGCGGCUGAGAUGUUAGGAUCGAGGAUUGCCAUUAUGGACCAGUUCAUUCAUAAGCUGAAAAUGGAGAACAAACAAAGGGAGAAGGAGAGCAAGGAAGCAAAGAUGGAGCUCACGAAGAAGGAACAGGAGGUGGCUGCCUUGAGGGCCAAGCUUCAGCUCGUGGAAGGGAAAACAAGCGAGGAGGAGAUCAACAUGAAGGUGAACGAGCGGAUGCUGAGCCUCAGGGUGGAGCUGGAGAGGAAGCUCGAGGAGUGCCAGAGGAUGGCGAAUGAGUUUGUGGAGUCAGAGAGAAGGAGGAUGGAGGAGAAAAUAUUCCAACAACAACAAGAGGUUGAGAUGUUGAGGAGGAGGUUACAGGAGGUUGAGUCUCAGCUGGGCUCCUCAAGCGAAGAAGAAGAAGUGAGUGGAUUUGCUAAGAGGCUGGGUGCGUAUGUCGAUGAAGACCCAGGAAUGGUUAAGUCCAUGGACUUGGAUAUGAGUGAUCUCGAACCACUUCCCAUUUACCCAAUUUUGAGUGCACCGACCAAUGACAUUGAUGGUAACGAAGUUUUUCCUUCGAAGUAUGGUGACAAGGUCUGCUUGAGCACGGUGUUUGAGGAGGAGGAAACCGAAGAAGAAGAGGAGGACAAUGAGGAAGUUGAGAAGCAGAUGAUAGAAGAGAAGAGGGUCUUAAGCAUUACGGCAAAGCCGAUAAAUGAAGCAGAUGCAGCCUCCUCAAGAAGGAUGAGGAUUCAGACCAUAUUCACGCUAUGUGGAAACAAUCGGGAGCUCUCUCGGAAUACUGGAGCAGCUCCAGUGUUAGCAGCAUCCGAGAACAUUCCUCCACCAAGAGAAUGUUCCUCCCCAGCACUAGUUAAAGAGAUCUUUCAUGUGAAGGAAAAUGGGAUCUCAAAGGAGAACAAUGACCCCUCGAUCGAUAACAAUGGCUCCACUGAUUCUCAGAUAGAGGUCUAUGUGAAGUGGGAAGCAGGAUCAAAGGAAAAUCAAAAUACCGGGAAAUUCAUAACAACCCUCAAGAUCGUUAAGGAUGCAAGUUUAGCAGAUUUGAGGAAGCUCAUCGAGAUAUAUCUUGGCUCGGAUAAUCAAGCGUUCACUUUUGUUGGACUUGGGGACCCGGCCGGUGGGCCAGUCUCGAGAGAGAAGGAAGCAGCAGUGCAAGUGAGCAAGCUUCCAAUUUGCAGCGGCCACUUACGGGGUCACCUGGCAUGCUUGAGACCCACCAAGGGGAACAACAGCCCCGCACAUCACCUCCCUCUGAGCCUGCUCGAGAGCAAACUGGCUCUUAAUUCCCACAGUCCAGCACAUCACCUCCCUUUGAGCCCGCUCGAGAACAAGUUGGCUCUUAAUUCCCACUUGUCACGACAAGGUGACAGAUUAUCACCGAAAGUAGCACAAAAACUCGAUGUUACUCCUUUUGUUGCUCAGCAUUCGAACUUGGAUGCAUAGGUUAAUGAUCUGUGUUGUCGACGGUAUAGGACAACACUACGUGUUUCUGUAAUGAGGAGGCAUGAAGGACCCCUUGAGUAUAUAGGCAUAUGUACUCUCUGCACUCCCCGUUUGAUAUAUAUAAAUAUAUAGCAAUGGCUUAAUUA